AUGAGCAAUAUUUUUUAUUUUACGACCUCACUCUUGAAAAAGCAAAACAAUGAGAAAGAACAGAGAUUCGCAUAUUUGAUGGAAAAUUAUCUCAUAAUAAAUAAGGUAUGCAUUUAAUUAUAUAUUUGUUAGAGAGAAGGUCUGAAUUUGAUUGAUAGGAAAUUCGAUUUGACUUCAAUGGACUGCCAAAUCAAAUGGCAUUAUGAGUAUCAUGCUAUUAUUAUUUAGGAAUAACAUUCUCACAGAAAUGAUGAUGUAUGACACAAAAUAAAACCAAAGAAUUGUGUAUUACCAAAAGCCAGAGAUUUUGCAAGACUUACAAAACAAACUUAAUGGAAAAGCAUACUAUAGAAAUUUUAAAUAGUUUUACCAGAAAUUAGAGGUUAUUAAAUCUCAUAAAAAUGUCGAAGUAAUUUCCCUCAUCUUAUUCUAGAUUAUGAUAUGUAAAAAUAUACUAACAGAGGAGAUUGUUGUCGCUAAACAAGUUAAGUUUCCCAAAAAUAAGCAUGUUGAUUCUGACCAUAAUGUAAUUAUUCAAACAAAUUUAGUCUUUUGUAAUGAGCGAGGCUAAGAUUUAUAUGAAAUUAUCUUACAAUCCUCAUUAAUAUCUUUUAGGAGCCCACCAAAUUUUCAUAUGUGAUCAAUCGCUUAUUUACAUUAUGCCACAUUGUAAAGGUGGAACACUCUAUGAAUAUCUAAUUGAGAAUGAUUUAAAUUUGCCAGAAUUAGUUACAUAAGAAAUGAUGAGAAAAUUACUAAUUGGACUGAACCAUCUACAUAGCAUAGGCAUUAUGCAUAGAGAUAUAAAAUUAGACAAUAUUAUGUUACUGAGAAAAAAUGAUCCAAACUCAAUUCGAAUUAUGGACUUUGGGUACUCAACAUUAAUCAAUGAUGAGAUGUUUUCCUAUUAAAGAUGUGGAACUCCUGGCUAUAUAGCACCAGAAAUAUUAAACAUGAGUUAAUACAAUGAAUUAUGUGACAUUUACAGCUUGGGUUGUGUAUUUCAUGCUUUGUUGACUGGAAAAAAACUAUACCAGACACCUAAGUCCACUAAAGCAUCAGAAUUAUUGUAAUUGAAUAGAAAUAGCAUUAUUUCGUUAUCAUAAAUCUGCAAUCUCAAUGCUCUGGAAUUAUUGUAAUCCAUGAUAGCAGUUGCUAAAUACAGACCCAGUGCUUCAACCUGUUUACAACAUUCGUAUUUUGAAGAAGAAUAAUUUUAGAUAGAAGAUCUAUGUACACAGUAAUUUAUUAUUAAUAUUGUAGAUUGAAACAACUUGAUUUUCCAUAACUCAGAAAUCCAUUUAGAUCUUGA